GUUUGGCAUUUUGCAUUACAAUUUGAGGAUGGUACUAAUUUAUGUUUUGCGGUUCUUUUUGGCUUCACAUCUACUCCUCAACUCGGGUGUGAAUGGGGACCGUGAAGAGUGUCCAGACUCGUUUGAUUGUGGAAGUCUCGGCUCGUUUCACUUCCCCUUUACCACCGUAGAACGCCCUGAUUGUGGUGCACUGGCCAUCCAUGGUUGCGGCCAUGAUCAUAAGCAACAGUCCCAGUACUUACUCAUUGGAGGUAAAAAGUUUCCAGUUACACGAAUUGGGAAGGAAAGUUGGUUCACUUCCAAUCUUGUUUACGUUAUUGACAAUCAUCUCUCCGAAUAUUUGAAAUCAGGGAGUUGUAACACCUUUGCCCAUAAUAUUACACUCCCUUCCGUCUCUCCUCUCAUUGGUUUCUUCACUAUCAGUAACAACGUUACUUUGUUCAAAUGCAAGAGCAAUCUCAACGUCAGCACGCCGCAAACUUACUUUAAAAAUUCUACAAGCUGUGACUACGACAUCGUUUUUGGCCCUCCUAAUUCAGAUGAUGAUGCAUCUGUGUCCACGCACCCUUCCAUUGCAGGAUGCUCAAGUGUUGAGCUUCCCACAGUGUAUGGCCUUCCAAUAUCUGCAAACCCAUUUGCGUUCUUAACUGCAGAAAUUCCCAUCCAGUUCAAUCCAUCAGUUAAAUGUGCCCAGUGUCAUCAUGACAGAAGGGUUCCUCAUGGCCAAUGUUUCCUUGACAGGGAAGGAAAACCUUACUGCGCUGCAAGGAAGGACAAAAAAGGGACUCGGAUGCUUGCACUAGCACUAGGUUUAGGUCUUGGACCUUGGAUCAUAUUUGGGUUGAUCCUCAUUUUAAGGAACCACAAACGGAAGCAGAGUACCGCACACGUCCAACUCCAAUCAACAAUGCCUUCUGCUGAUUCCAGCCAUAGUCCUGAUGUACAGACUGACAGGAUCUUCUUUGGGGUGCCAAUAUACUCUUAUAAGGAGCUUCAAGAAGCAACCAACAACUUUGACAACACUAGAAAACUGGGAGAUGGAGGCUUUGGCACUGUUUACUAUGGAAAACUUGAAGAUGGAAGAGAAGUUGCAGUCAAACACCUAUUUGAUCACAACUACAGGAGAGUGGAGCAGUUUAUGAAUGAAAUUGAGAUCCUCACUCGCAUGCGCCACAGAAAUCUUGUGUCCCUGUAUGGCUGCACUUCACGUCACAGCCGUGAGCUACUUCUUGUGUAUGAAUACAUUCCAAAUGGCACGGUUGCUUCCCAUCUCCAUGGUACUUUAGCAAGGGCCGGUUUACUCACUUGGCCUAUUCGAAUGCAAAUCGCCAUAGACACUGCUACUGCAUUGGCAUUUCUCCAUAUUUCAGAUAUCAUCCACCGUGAUGUCAAAACCAACAACAUCCUACUUGACAUUGAUUUUUCAGUUAAGGUAGCAGACUUUGGUCUUUCAAGACUGUUUCCAAACAAUGUCACCCAUGUCUCCACGGCUCCACAAGGAAGUCCAGGUUACCUUGACCCUGAAUAUUUUCAGUGCUACCAACUUACAGCUAAGAGUGAUGUAUAUAGUUUCGGGGUUGUGCUCAUGGAGCUGAUAUCAUCUAUGCCAGCAGUUGAUCAUACCAGGGAAAGAGAUGAAAUUAGCUUGGCGAAUCUAGCAGCAAAGAAGAUUCAGAAGGGUGCAUUGAGUGAGCUGGUGGACCCAUCUCUUGGUUUUGAUACAAAUCAAGAAGUUAAAAGGAAGAUAACUAUGGUGGCAGAAUUGGCUUUCCAGUGUGUGCAAGUGGACAAAGAGCUAAGACCUUCUAUGGAUGGAGUUCUAAAUGCACUCAAGAAAAUUGGGAGUGCGAAUUCUGAGCCUGAGCAUGUAGAGAAAGGAGAUGAUAGUGCUGUGAUCUCACACGGCGAAGAAUUAAAUGGGUCGCAGGAUUGGAAUCAAGUUAGAUUCUUAGUGAAAGAGAAGCUAAGGUCUUCACCAAACUCCUUGACUGAGAAAUGGUCAAGUGAAUCUACUACUCCUAAUGCCAGUGCUUAAUCACUCUUUUCUUGGGUAGUUCGAAAGAAAUGCUUCAUCACUUUUUUCUAGUAAAAAUGUUGUUUUAGUUAUAUUUUUGGUAAUAUU